AUGGCGUUUAUUUAUAUUUAUUUCUGUCGUCUGCUUAUUUCUUUUCUUUCAGUCAUCGAAUUUGUAUUUCUUUUAUUUUCUUCCUCCUUCUUUAUUUCGCUUGUAGACAAUUUUGAUUGUGAAGACAGCAAAUUGGAGCUUUUCUCUCUCUGUUACUUUUACCCUUUCUUUCUUUCCCUUUUUUCGAAUUGGUCUUCUUUCUCUCUCUCCUCUCACUUCUGCAUCGAUAACCACUCUCUCCUUUGUUUCUUUCGACUUCUCUCACUUUUCACUCACUCUGACGCGUUCUAUAUUUCCUUCUCUCUCUCUAUAUAUAUAUUUUAUUUUUUUCUCUCACUCUCACUAUUCCCCAUUCCCCACUCUCACAUAUUUCAUUAUCUUUUCUCUUACCCCCCCUCCCCGCCUUUAUUUAUUAAAUGGUGCCAACGAUCAUUGAACCAACUUCAAAAAGAAAUCGUCGACUUCACUGUAGUGAGAUGGCCCCCAAUUGAAUUGGAACUUCAAAGCGAAUUCCACCUGCAGGAUUCCAACCUGCGGUCGAUUGCCGGAAGCGACAAAGACCGUCACGUGUUUGUUUUCGUUGGGGACGAUAAAUCGAUCAAGGAAUUAGGCGAGACUGGCGAAUUCGUCGGCCAAUGUCCCUUGGGGAACGAAGACUUCUUUCCCCAGGACAUUUGUUGUCCUUCUCAAGACAAUUUCGUUAACCUCUCCACCUCCCCUUCUAAAUUUUAUCCCUCCCUUCCUCCCUCUCCCUUAAACUGUUUUUCUUUCUUUUCUCUAUCCUCUCCUCCACCCGCGACUUUCCCCUCUCUCUAUAUUUGCUUAUGUUUUUCAAUGCCAUCCAAGUCUGCCAUUUUUAGAUGA